UGCUAAAGAUCUAAGUUCGAUACGUAAGAAAGGAAAAACGUGCUAUGCAGCUUUUGUGCGAUGUAUGUCCAAAAUAAACGAUUUGUCGGAAAAAUUUGAAAAAUCCGAAAAGGAAGAUGAGGACAUGUCAGCCACACAGCAUAAUUUACACCUACCGCCUUGUGAUAUCGACGCAUUCAAGGGCGAUUAUUUGUCAUGGCCAACAUUUCGUGACAUGUUCACGGCUAUAUAUAUAUUGAACAAGCGGCUGACACCCAUUCAAAAGCUUUACUAUCUUAGUCAGAAAACGCAGGGUGAAGCCAAAGAAAUUGUUAAGAAAUGCGACCUGACAAAUGAUGGGUUUAAUAUAGCCUGGAAGAAUUUGUGCGAUAGUUGAAGAUCCUCUUCAAUCUACAGGCGGUGGAAACUGAAUGCGGGAGUGCAAUUAAAAGAUUGCAAAGGGAUAUAAACAAUUGCAUAUCUUCCCUGGAGAGUCAUAAAAUUGACAUUUCAACUUGGGAUCCAAUAAUUACAUACCUUUGCUCCACAAAAUUACCAGAAGAGACUCUUUCGCUGUGGGAGCAAUCAGUGCAAAAUAAAACAGAUAUUUCCAAGUGGGCUGACAUGGACCAAUUCUUGUCAAGCAGAUUCCAAACUUUGGAAUCGGUCUCGGGGUUGAGAGGAAUCAAGGUUUCAAAAAUUUCAAAAGGGUUAAGUCAUAAGCAUUCCUCUGAACCGCCACAAAAGAAACUUGGCACUUUUCAAACUAGUGUAAGCAAAUUUACUUGCAAAAUGUGUCAAAGCAAUGAUCACAGACUGCAUAUGUGCCAAAAAUUCUUAAAUAUGUCGAUAUCUGAUAGGAUCGCUUUUAUUAAAACCAACAAUAGUUGUUUUAACUGCCUGUCCUUUGGGCAUACGGUGUCGAAAUGCACAAGUUCCUACAACUGUGCCAAUUGCCAUUCUCGACAUCACACCCUACUUCAUAUACAGGCGGCUCCUGGUAAAACAACGACAAAGGAGAAUACAGCCAAUCCAGUUAACAAUGGUGCAUCGACAUCCAGGCAGGCACAAUUACGAAACCAAUCUUCAAAGGGAAAAGGUAAAGCAGUCAGACAUGUGCAAACACAUCACGCGAAUUCAAGCAAAGGCGUUUUACUUGGGACAGCUCGAGUAAAUAUUCAUUUUAAUGGUACUAACUUUGCGGCAAGAGCGUUAAUUGACUCUGGCUCUGAGUGUUCCUUCAUCACGGAGAGGCUCAGACGCAGAAUCAACUUGCCGACCAAGAAGAUGUUAGCACAGGUUUCGGGCAUCAAUAAUUCUGUUUCAGCGCAGGUGAAAGAAGCGUGUUCGAUUCAAUUGCGGUCACCAAUUGACCCACUUAUUUCUAUUGAUGCCCUUGUGUUAGUUCUACCAAAUCUGACAGGGAAUUUGCCUACUUGUGAUGUUAGCGCACUCACACAACAAGUUUUUCCUGAUCUGGUUUUGGCAG